ACAAUUUGUAAGAAACGUAAGAUUGCUUUCUGUUUGCAGCAUACUCAACCCAAGUCAAGUCAACUCAGCUCAGCUUAAGCUUCAAUUAAUAAUUCGAUAAUGGCACUUCCUUCCUUAUAAGCAAAAGAUUUCGAAGCUCAGGCAUAUAAGCAACCGAAUUGUUGUUCAUCUUCAAUGGAAAUAUUUGUGUAAACUGAAGAAAUGAUGUUUCAGAAAGAAUACCUUGACCUCGUUUUGGUUCCUGGCGGCCUUUUCAUCAUGUUUACGUAUCACCUAAUCCUCCUCUACCGAUGCCUCCAGCUUCCGCACACCACUGUAAUUGGAUUCGAGAACAUCGACAAGCAAAUUUGGGUGGAGAAAAUUAUGCAGUCUGAAAACAGAGACGUGAAAACGGCGCUGGAUGUCAUUUCGUCGAACAUAUCGGCGGCAACGUUCUUAGCGUCGGUGUCUCUGACUCUGAGCGCGCUGAUCGGCGCGUGGAUAGCCAACAACUCCAACAUUUUCCAGAGCGAGCUGAUCUACGGCGACACUCGAGCCUCAACCAUGUCGAUCAAGUACAUAACUCUCCUUAUUUGCUUCCUCCUCGCAUUUUCCUGCUUCGUCCAGUCCUCCAGGUGCUUCAUCCACGCCAAUUACCUCAUCAGCACCCCCGACAGCGACAUCUCCACCGAAUACGUGGCAUUGGCGGUCAUUCGGGGCGGCGAUUUCUGGUCGAUCGGACUCCGAGCGCUCUACUUCGCCACCGCGUUGUUGCUCUGGUUUUUCGGUCCGAUUCCGAUGUUCGCCACGUCCGUUGCUAUGGUGAUGCUCCUCUAUUAUCAGGACAGAGACACCGCUUCCAUGAAGAAGAUCCGAUCGCGAAAUGUAAAACAAUUUGAAGUUCAUCACACCGAGUGA